AUGACAACGUCGCCGGACCGGCGCUUGUGCGUCGCCAUGUGCUGCGACUUCUUCUUCCCUCGACUGGGCGGUGUAGAGAUGCACAUGUGGUCUCUGUCCCAGUGUCUACUGCGUCGCGGCCACAAGGUUAUCGUGCUCACGCACGCCGUGUCGGGUCCAUCUAACGCCCAGACGCCCACGCGCCGCGCUGGUGUGCGCUACAUGACGCACGGACUCAAAGUCUACUACCUCCCAGUGACCCCCAUCGUGGACAACGUCACGUAUCCAACGUUCAUCAACCAUUUGGCGCUAUUUCGUGCUAUUUGCGUGCGUGAACGUGUGCAGAUCGUACAUGGCCACCAGGCCACAUCCACCUUCAUGCACGAGUGUCUGUUGCAGGCCAAAGCGCUCGGAUUGGGCAUUAAAACGGUGUAUACUGACCACUCGCUAUUCGGCUUCGCAGACGCAGCCAGCGUCCACCUGAACAAAGUCAUGAAGUUCUCCAUGUCCUCAGUAGACGCGGCCAUCGGAGUCUCCCACACCUGUCGAGAGAAUCUGGUGCUACGCGCUUCACUACGGCCGGACAAAGUGUCGACGAUCCCUAAUGCAGUGGAUGCGACCAAGUUCACACCCCCAGUCACUGCACCACGCAAGCCAGACGACCCUAUUACGGUCGUUAUCAUCUCCAGAUUGGUGUAUCGGAAGGGGAUUGAUCUCGUGGCUCGGGCGAUCCCGCUCGUGUGUGCACAGGACUCGAGAGUGAGAUUCCUAAUUGGAGGUGAUGGCGCCAAGAGGCUGUUGCUUGAAGAGAUGAGAGAGAAGUACAGACUACACGACCGGGUGACGCUGUAUGGAGCAGUGCCCCACGCUCAAGUGCGAGAUGUUCUGUGUCAGGGCCAUAUCUUCCUUAACAGUUCACUUACUGAAAGUUUCUGUAUCGCCAUUCUAGAAGCCGCAGCGUGUGGGCUCUUCGUUGUAAGCACUAAAGUCGGAGGAGUUCCAGAAGUACUGCCACCCGAUAUGGUGCAGUUUGCAGCGGAAAUCACGCCAGAGGCGUUGGCUGAAGCGGUUUUGGCUGCUGUACCGCGACUUGCAGGCGUCGAUCGACAGGAAUUUCAUGAAAGAGUAGCGCAGAUGUACAACUGGGAUGCUGUCGCGGUGAGAACGGAGAAAGUGUACGAGAAGGUGUGCGCACUUCCAGACAGCUCGCUACUCCAUCGUCUACAGCUGUACCACGGAAUCGGUCCAGUGGCAGGGAUGUUGGCCUGUGUCAUCGCUGCGGUUUUACACUUGUACGUGGUGUUUCUCGAGUGGUGGCAACCUGCUCAUGAGAUUGAACUCGCGCUAGACUGGACCCCCGUAUCUCAGCAAUGUGAUGGAGAUAAACGGAAGACUGAAUAAGGCUGAAAAUGCCCACUGUGACUACAACUAGGCCCCAAAAAAACUACGAACCACGUUAAUAGCAGGUAUUACGGAGAAUUGGAGCCAUUGCGCUGGUGGUGAUCAUCAUGAUCUCUUGAUUUGCCCCCAGGAACAACCCGGAAGUGCUCGGGUUUCUAUGCAUGCAUCUAAGUCGAGGUGCUGAGCAAUGGAAUGGAGGUUCUG